GGCAAGAUGGCGACCUUCAAGGUGAAGCAGGAUAUGCCGCCUCCUGGGGGUUAUGCCUCGUUUGACUACAAGAGGAACAUCCCCAAGCGGGGCCUGUCAGGGUAUAGCAUGUUUGGUAUUGGAGUCGGUGUAAUGGUGUUCGGCUACUGGAGGCUUUUCACGUGGAAUCGGGAGAGAAGACGCCUGCUAAUUGAGGAAUUGGAAUCCCGGAUAGGGCUCUUGCCCUUACUGCAAGCUGAACAGGACAGAAGGUUGCUGCGUUUAAUGAGGGAGAACCUUGAGGAAGAAGCCAAGAUUAUGAAAGAUGUUCCAGGCUGGAAGGUCGGAGAGGGCGUCUAUCAUACCAAACGCUGGGUCGAGCCCCUCACUGAUGAACUCUUUAACCUUAGACCCAAAGAAAACCUGGUUCACGAGAAGUAUGGUUUCAGGUGGUACACAUGAGCGCGGACAUCAGAUCCCAGACCUGGCAUUCGCACAUCAGACAUCCUGCCUGCACUGUGUUUACACAACUCUGUAUUUCAAUGUGAAUAAAUAUUUAUCUGGG